UGGAGCUGAUAGCAGACAUGUACGAGAACGCACACAAGAAACGGCCAGAUAAUGAGGAGAUAUUAACGGCACUGUUCAUGGCGUACGUCCGUCUGAGUAAUCACAAGAAACAGCAGCAGACGGCAAUGACUCUUCAUAAACUGAAACCAAAUAAGAACCCAUACUAUUUCUGGGCCAUCAUGAGUAUUGUGAUGCAGGCUCACAACUGUGCUGACCAGAAUCUUGCUAGAAAAAUGUUCCUACCGUUGGCAGAACGAAUGACAAAAAAGUAUGUAGAGGACAAGAAGAUAGAGGCAGAGGCUGAGGUACAAAUGUAUUUAAUCAUUCUGGAGUUGAUGGAAAAAUGGGAGGAAGCCUUAAAGGUGCUAGAAGGACCUCUUUCAGAGAGAUUAGUGAGUGAGUUAAACUUUAAACAAACCAAGUCAACAGAACUGUAUUCAAAACUCGGCAAAUGGUCACAGACAAAUGCAGAGUACAGGAAACUACUCUGUGACAACCCAAAUCAUAUGGCCUGGUGGAAAGAGUACAUAAAGUCAGCGCUAAAAUUGUCUACAGAAAAAUGGCAGCCAGAAAAGGACAGUACUGAUGUAGUAGAUAAUACGGAAGAGAAGGUUUUACUAUUUAUAGAAGAGAGCCGGAAGAAAAGUGAAGGAACACGACAAGAUAGGGGUUCAUAUCUGGCUCACCUAGAGUUGAUUAAACAAAUACAAGAAUUAGAUGGAUCGCCUUGUCGGAAAUAUGGUGAUCCUGUGGAGUUACUAGAGAAUUAUUAUGACCUGUUUGGAGUGUGUUACUGUUGUUUUAGUGAUAUCAGAACAUACCUGGAGGUGUUAGAUUCAGAAGAACAAAUUAAGUUAGCAGAAAGAAUACAAGCAAAGAAUGUAUUGAUUGGUGAAGAUGAUUCAAUUAUUUAUGUAGAAAAUAUCAAACAAAUGCAGCGGCAUUUAACAUCGUUACAACUGUGUAGAUGUUUAGGAUGUCACGCAAAACUUAGUAAAGAUGAAAAAUUAAAAUUAGCCAAAGAAUUUGUAGAUAGACAUAAACAUGGAUUACAAUUCGGUAAAGAGUUACUGACAACAGACCUGCAAUACUGUGAUACUUACUUACUCCUAGCAGUAGCUUUAAUGUUAGACGUCUGGCAAAACCAUGGUGAACGUGGUGUUGUUUGGCAGAUUAUAGUUUUACUGGAACAAGGAUUGAAGGCCAGUCCUUCCAGUUUCCAGAUGAAAUUAUUGUUGAUUAGACUUUAUUGUACCAUGGGAGCAUUUGGUCCAUGUCCUGCCCUUUAUGACGGUAUGGAGAUUAAACAUAUCAUGAAUGAUACUCUAGGACAUAUUGUGUCAAAUCAUGUUGGUAGACUCGGUCAUUUCAUGUCGGCAUGUGCAAUGUAUGGAACUAUGUUACGCUUCUUCACUGUCAACCAUAAAGAGACUGCAGAGUAUUUGAUAGCUUCUUACAAAUAUGGAUCUUUUACAAAGAUUCAUGAAUUUGUGAAGUUCCGAGAUAGAUUACAAAAUUCACUACAGUAUGCCAGUGCUACAGCAGAAAGAAUGCUUCUAGAUCUUGUUCUAGAAACUAAUAGUCAUAUAAGUACAGAACAGAUGGUAAUGUACAUGGAGAUUGACCCUGCAAAAGACAAAACAAAUUUUGAUGAGCUAUGUGAUAAUCGUGAUUAUUCUGUGAUUUUGAAUUGGGAUCCUAGAAGUCUGUGUGACAUGAAACAAAUACAGCAGCAUUCAUAUAAAGAAGAGAUUGCAUGGUUAAAGGUACGGAACCUUACGUUACGGAUUCUUGCAGCGUCUGUCAUGUUAGGUCGGGAAAUAGACCAUGAUCAUCAGACAAACAACGGCCUAACAAAGGAUGGCAAGAAACCUAUACAUUUAGUACUACAAGACCUACAAAUGCAGCUUACAGAACAUAUACACAGCUGUGAGGGUUGUUAUACUCAGGAAUUUAAGUAUCCAAUUCAGGGACCGUUUCGAACACGGCUGUGUGUGUAUCUACAGGGUAGCUUCUAUACAGUGUUCUUAGAAAUGUUAGAUAAUGUAGUAUAUAUACAGAGUCUACAGGACAUGGAUGUAGAUAAUGUGGACAGUGCAAAAGAAGAAAAGCUCAAAACCAGUGUGCCAAAGAUGUUGACAGAGGUGUUUGAGAAACACAGAUGUAGUUUACUAGCAGAUAAUGAUGAUAAGAAGUUCAUUAACCCAUCUGUCAUAGAAAACAUGGUUCUUGUAGCUGAAACCGUCUCGCAUUUAUGUGUACUGUUAGGGGUGUGUUAUAGAAUGUUAAAACCAGUCAAAACCGUGCUGUCCAAACGGAACAAAAAGAAGAAAAGCAACACUAUUCCUAUGCCAUGUACAUUUGAGAAUUAUAACUUCCUAUUGAAGGAAGUGGAGGCUGUAUGUCAGGGGAUACAUAAGGCCGUGACCGAAUUAGACCCUGUGUUCCUUUCCUUAGAUCUCAGUAGCUUAAAGCUAUCACAACCAUUUGCAGAAGAUGAGGAGUAUGCUGAUAUAGAGAGGGAGAUGUGGAAGAAUAUAGAGACAAGUUAUCAGCAAUCAUUUGUUGAGGUGACAGAAUUCCUUCACAAGAAACUACAAUAUCUUGGUGGCAUUCAUUUAUGAUGAUUCUAGCACUGUAUAUAGUGUAAAUAUAAAAUGUUGGGCGGAGCAUCCACAGUAUGGGCGGAGCAUCCACAGUACAUAGUGUACAUGAUAGUGUCAAUCAUUUCCUGACAAAUCAACAAAUCAUGGUUCGGCACUUAAAGUGUCUGUGCUUGAUCUUCAUAACUCUGUUGUUCAGGACACAGAUUGGAUUUUUUGUAAGAAACAGUGCAGCUGAAUGUUAAAUUCUGUGAAUUUUAGCAACUUUGCAUAUGUCUGAAGUAUAGUUUUACAGCAGUACCUUAAGAAUGUAUGUUUUUUCCCCAGGUUAUGUUAUAAACGCGUAUGAACUCUCCAGCUUCAUUUGUUGGCAUUUCCCCUCCCCCUCCCAUUGCAUUUGUGAUAUAUGUUGAACCUUUUGUUUUUUACCUGUUUAAUUCUGUGACAGCUAGUGGCAAACACAAAUGACCUUUGCAACCAGUAUAACCCCAGGCCAGCCUUCAUGUCCAUGAAUUCUGAAAAAGGUGCUGUAGUCUAGUACUGGUGCAACUCUCCAGGAACGAUGGUUAGGAAACUACCCGCCUAUAUGACUGAAACAAACAAACAAAACCUUAAACCACCAGGACAUAAGAGGGCAAGCAUAUUGCACUGUUUCAGCAGAGCUAGAGUUUAAUCUUACCCUGCUGGCGGCAUGAAUAUACCCUCACCACCUUGCAGAUCAAUAUCAGCCAGCACUUCCAUGUCAUUUAUCAUGGUCUGCACUGUUCACUUAACAUUCAGUACACAC